CACGUUGGAGAGUCGGUUGGCUCUCGCACCUAUCGCCGUUUCGCAAGCACCAAUUCGAAAGUCCGCAUCCAACUAUCAGCCAUUUCCCCUUCAAUUUCUUGUGCAGCCAAGCCCGACUUCAGCCAAACAACAAUGGGCAACACGACCAGCAAUGUGCUGGACGGCAUAGUCCAAAGCUCCAACUUCGAUAGGGAAGAAGUUGACAGGCUGAGGAAGAGGUUUAUGAAGCUUGACAAGGACAACUCGGGCACUAUCGAACGCGAUGAGUUUCUCAGUCUCCCUCAGAUCUCCUCAAAUCCCCUUGCCACACGAAUGAUUGCCAUCUUCGACGAGGACGGCGGCGGCGAUGUGGACUUUCAAGAAUUCGUGUCAGGACUGAGCGCCUUCUCGAGCAAGGGCAACAAGGAACAGAAGCUGCGCUUCGCCUUCAAAGUCUACGACAUUGACAGAGACGGUUAUAUCAGCAACGGUGAACUCUUCAUUGUGCUCAAGAUGAUGGUCGGCUCAAACUUGAAGGACCAGCAGCUGCAGCAGAUUGUCGACAAGACCAUUAUGGAGGCGGACCUGGACGGUGAUGGCAAGAUCAGCUUUGAGGAGUUCACCAAGAUGGUUGAAAACACCGACGUCAGCAUAAGCAUGACGCUAGACCAAUUCUAAAUGCCUCUUACGCCAUCCUUUUUCGAUUUCUUGCCAGCCCAGGCUGGUCCCGGCAUUUGUUCACAGCGGCUACUAUCAUCGACGUUAUGGAAAAUAAAUCAGAAUACCCAGUCCUGUUCAUUGCAGGUUCAUUGCGCCUGUGGCCAUUUGAGCGCCUCGUUUGACGAUGAUGAUUCUUCUGUUUACGAACCACUUGAAUAUUCAAGCGUUACACUCAGAACUCGAGUCUAAUCCUGGUGGACUCAAGAAACUGCAAACUACACACGUAACUGUGAGGCUUUUGCCUUUUACAACGGAUGCCCAAAAAAUCAUCUUUGUGACCGCCCGGUCUGAUUGGCUCGCGCAUUCUGGGAUCUUGCCAUAGAGAGCUCGCUUCAGGCUCAAGAUGUUGCUGGUACAGCCGACAAUACGGCAGGCUUGCAGCGCAAAGACCGGCCUGUCUUGCCGGGCUUUUGAUUGUAUAUCUUGCUCCGGGCGGAUGGACGGGUAAUGGCGGACAGCAGUUCAUGUUUAUGUACUCAGGUUCACGGCAGUAGUCGCUCGGCGUAAGCAACAAGGUGCUACAUCAUCAUUUGGAAAACCGCUAAAUGGGUAUAGUCUCUCGGCGUGGACUUUGAUAUAUACAUAUAUUUGCCACAGAAAUUACAAAUGUACUGCAUACGACGUUUAUGAGUUAAUAUAUAUUAAAACGCGUCAUCUGCCGGGCUCGCAAACGCUAAUGCUUACAGUUAAUUAUG